AUGGGAGAAGUGAUUCCGGUGACGAUGAAGAAAGAAGGCGGAAGUUCCUCGUCCAUUAAGUGUCCGAUGCUCACCUCGAGCAACUACACGGUAUGGGCUAUGAGAAUGAAGAUAACGUUGAAGGUACACAAAGCUUGGGAAGUGAUUGAGACAGAAUCUGCAGAUGGCGAUAAAAAUGACUUGGCUACGGCCUUGUUGUUCCAAUCUAUCCCAGAAGCUCUUAUACUUCAAGUAGGAGAGCUUGAUACAGCAAAAAAAGUGUGGGAUGCGAUUAAACUGAGACAUAUGGGAGCCGAAAGAGUAAGAGAGGCACGACUGCAAACAUUAAUGGCUGAGUUUGAUCGGUUGCAGAUGAAAGACUCCGAGAAGAUUGAUGACUUUGUUGGAAAACUCUCUGAGAUUUCAUCAAAAUCUGCGGCGCUAGGAGUCAAUAUUGAAGAACCAAAACUCGUCCGAAAGGUCCUUAAGUGUCUCCCAAGAAAGAAGAACAUACAAAUUGUGGCUUCUUUGGAACAAGUGCUAGACCUAAACAAUACAGGUUUUGAAGACAUAAUAGGGCAUUUAAAAGCAUACGAAGAACGUGUAUCUGAAGAAACAGAAGCAGAAGAAGAAAAAGGAAAACUUAUGUAUGCAAAUAGCGAAAGUCAAAAAUAUCAGUCUAAUCAAAGCGACAAUGGAGGAUCGGCAAAUUCUGGUGGCUAUCAAGGUCGGGGUUAUAAUAGAGAUUAUAGAGACUGCCCGGAUCUUCGUCUCAAGCUCCAAGAAACACAAGAAGUCGAGAAUGAUGAGAUGCAGAACGCAGACGAGCUCAUGAUGCACGAGUUGGUCUUCUUGAAUGAGAAGAACGUAGUCCCGGAGAAGUUCGAGACGAAUGCAUGA